UCUUGUCUUUAUAUAUUUGGGCCUGUCUUCUCGUUAGUAGGUCAGACCGGUUAAUCUGAAUCGGUUUUUGAUAAACCAUUAAUUAGGCUCUCUCUCUCUCGCUCCCGGGGACUCUCCAUCCAUAGUUCCGUUCGCUCUCUAUCUCUCUCUCUCAAAUUGCAAGGUUGUUCGAUCGACUUCGCCAAUCGCAUACCUCAGGUUGUUGGAGCUAGAGUCGUGCCCAAAAACCCUACCUUUUUCACUGUUUAGAGCCAUGUCAGCUCUUGUGGCGUUAUGCAGAGCUCGAGCUACUGCUUCGUCUUCUUUAUUCAACAGCGUUAUUCGUCCAGCAUUUCGCAAUUUCUCUACAGGUUUUGCUGAUGCACAGAACAAAUCAUUGGUGGCGCAAAUGAAAGAAGAGAUGCUCCACAUGGACAUCAACUCAAUGAUAGGAAGUUCCAUGCCACUAGGUAUGAUGCGUAUCGGAACAAUCAUCCACAACAUCGAGAUGAACCCAGGGCAAGGCGCGAAGAUGGUCCGAGCUGCAGGAACCAACGCCAAGAUCUUAAAGGAGCCUGCUUCAGGGAAAUGCUUGAUAAAGCUUCCGUCAGGGAACACCAAGUGGAUCAACGCCAAAUGUCGUGCUACGAUUGGCACAGUGUCGAACCCGUCUCAUGGAACGAAAAAGCUAUAUAAAGCAGGACAGAGUAGGUGGUUAGGGAUAAGGCCCAAAGUUAGAGGAGUGGCGAUGAAUCCGUGUGAUCAUCCACACGGUGGAGGUGAAGGAAAAAGCAAAAGUAGUGGAAGCAGAGGAAGGACAUCGGUUAGUCCGUGGGGGAAACCGUGUAAAGGCGGUUACAAAUCAGCUAGUGUCAAGAAGAAGAAGAAGCGUUUGGCAGAAGCAGCAGCCAAAAUGUGAUAUGGGUGAACAAGUUACCAUUUUCUUCUUCUAAUGCUUCUUUCUUUAAAAAAGCCUCAAGGUUUUGUGACGUUAUUGAAUCUGUUUUUUGAGAGUUUUAGGCUUCAUGAAAUUGGAGGAUCUUUUAUCAGUUAAGAAUAAAUAUGGUUACGUGUUUCCCUUUAAAAAAA